CGUCAAUGAACUGCGACUGCUGCGACAGGCCUGCUGAUUUCUCUUCGAUUUAAUUCUCAUCAUCGACUGCCAUCGUCUCAUGCGCAGCCAUGGCCGCCCAUCUACCUCCGGCCACCGGUGCGGGGUCCCCGCAGAGUGUGGAAUCAAUCACUCGCAUGGCUCAGGAUUAUGAGUACAACCCGUCUAUACCUCUACGCUACUGGCUGCGAACAGCGUCUACUCUCAUGAGAGAGGCUCGGAUUUACGAACGCGAAAAGCACGAAGAACAAGCCUACCUUUUAUUGUUUCGCCAUGCUCAGUUGGUACUUGUCAAUUUGGCGGAGCAUCCAGAGGCCAGAGAUGAAAAGAACCGGAAAGCUUUAGUGGAAGCCGAAAAGGAGGUCAAACGGAACCUAAAGGUCCUCGAAGUUCUGAAACCCCGGAUCAACAAACGCUACGAGCGCUAUACUCAGUUGAUGCGUGAACGGCAAGCUCGCGCACCAGCAGCGGAGAAUAACACUCCCACUUCAACCCACAGACCGCCUCAAGAUCCCGCCCUCGCAGGGGUCGUAGAACCUCUGGAAGCAGGAGAGAACAAAGACCUGGCGGUGCAGCUGGCUCGGACGGAGCUUAGCCGACGAGCAACUGUCCGAAAGGCUAUCCGACAAGCAGGCAUAACACCUGAAGAGGAGCAGACUCGUCGGGCUGCUGGCGUGUGGGGAGACUGGGAGCAUGCCCUGCGCAAAGAUGGAACCGAGGACGAUGACUUGAGCCGACGCAUACAGAACGUGAGAAUCCAGAUGGACGAUCCGCGGGCGGAUCACCGUCCACAGGUUGCCACUAAGCCUAUGGUCCGGCCAUCUGCCGCAACCUCUUCAACCGGCGCAUACAAGUAUCCGAGCGUCCCUCGUCAGAAGCCGCUGGAAGUUCCGUCGGCCGCAAAGGUGGAGCCUGAGAAGAGGAUUGUUCUUCCGCCCAAAGCGCCCGCACUGCCUCCUAAGGAAACUUCGUAUGUACAUGAACUGGCUGGCCUUGAAGAACCUUCACCUCCACCUCGUCCAGACAAGGUCUCGCCCGCAGCGAUCCCGGCUGAGCCUCCUGUGCUUCCUGGAAAGGUUCCAGCAACCGAUGGGUCGGCUGCAAGCCCAAAUUUGGACCCGUCCAGCUAUACCUUCAAGCCCUCUGCUUAUCUAGAGAACGGAACGCCUCUGCGGACGUUGUUCCUGCCACCUGAUCUACGCAAGCACUUCAUCUCACUGGUAUCCCCGAAUACGCAGCGCAAUCUAGAGACGUGCGGCAUUUUGUGCGGCACGCUAGUCUCCAACGCCUUGUUCGUUUCGAGGCUCCUCAUCCCUGAACAGACGGCCACGUCGGACACGUGCGAGACGGUGAACGAGUCUGCGAUCUUCGACUACUGCGAUUCAGAGGACUUGAUGGUGCUCGGCUGGAUCCACACGCACCCGACACAGACGUGCUUUAUGAGCUCGCGCGACCUCCACACACAUUGCGGAUACCAGGUGAUGCUGCCGGAGAGCAUUGCGAUCGUGUGCGCGCCCAGCAAGACGCCCGACUGGGGAGUGUUCCGGCUGACGGAUCCUCCGGGGCUGAAGACGGUGCUCAACUGCACGCAGUCGGGACUCUUCCAUCCCCAUGGAGAGGCAAACAUUUACACAGAUGCGCUGCGCCCGGGACAUGUAUUUGAGGCAAAAGGAUUGGAGUUCGAGACGGUGGAUCUGCGCCCCAAGGGGUCUCAAUUCUGACAUUAGAUCUUUGUUGCCAAUUUACUUUGAGCGUCAAUAGCAUAUGAUUACAUGAUAAGGAGCUAAUGAGGAAUGAUGCACUAGUCUAUACCUUACUACUUAGUCUGUCAGCUAGACACCCAAGAAAAUAGCUAACUAACUACCAUGUGACUAUUCCUGCAAGCCUAUACUCUUACAAUCCACUCAUACACCCGC